CCGUCCUCCAGCUUCCGGUGAGAGGGGCGGGCUCCGGAGCUGCUCGCCUAGAGCUAGGCCCCGUCAGCUGUGGAGUGUUCUUUUCUUUGGACUGAUCCUGGAUAGUUCUCAGUUCAUUGCAUAGACCCUGUAUGAAGGUUAUGCUACAACAGGAAGAGGACCACUAAUUUUAUUCCACAUGAAACAGGUUUUGAUGUUCUAGUUGGGCAUUGAAGUAGGAUUGGCCCAUGCCAUGGAGUUCUUAAAGAAAAAUCACUACUGGAUAGUUUUCUUCUUUCUUUCUGGCAGAGGAAUUAACUAAGAUCUGCAUAUUUUUUCCUUUAGAAAAUUAUGGGAUUUAUUCUCCUACAAAGAAAGUGAAACAACAUUGGACCAAAAAGGGAAACAAUAGAAAGUAGUCAGCGAGACUAUUUUUAAACUCUCCAGGAUGCGGUUAGCAAAAGCCAAAGGAAAUACUUCCCGAAGCACAAGCCAAGGAAAAACCUUUGAGAAUCAGUGUAAGACAGCCCAGCAGCGGAAGAGAUGGGGAAUGGCUUCCCGAUAUGACACAGGUUUUGGUAGAUUUAGAAACAGCCUAGGGGAGAAACCCCAUAAAUGUACUCAAUGUAUGAAAAGUUUCAGUCAGAGUUCAACUCUUUUUCAGCACUUAAAAAUCCACACUGGAGAGAAAUCCCAUAAAUGUGCUGAUUGUGGAAAAAGCUUCUUUCAGAGCUCAAACCUCAUUCAGCACCGACGAGUCCAUACUGGAGAAAAGCCCUAUAAAUGUACUGAGUGUGGGGAAGGAUUUAAACAGAGCUCAAAUCUCAUUCAACACCAGAGAAUUCACACUGGAGAAAAGCCCUAUCAGUGUGAUGAAUGUGGCAGAUGUUUCAGUCAGAGUUCCCAUCUUAUCCAGCAUCAGAGAACCCACACAGGAGAGAAGCCUUAUCAGUGUAUUGAAUGUGGCAGGUGCUUUAGCCAGAGCUCUCACCUUAGUCAACAUAUGAAACUUCACAGAGAAGAGAGACCUCAUAAAAUCCGUGGCAAAAAUACCAGGAUGAAAACUCGUUUGGUAUCAAGUUGGAGAAUCCGUACAGGAAGGAAGUCAGUAUCUUUGCUGUGCUAAACCAGAGACACCACUCAGACCUGCUUUAAUAAAAAUGAAAAAAACCCACAAAUCUUAUCCCUGCCACCACUCUCCUUCCCACCGGCCUCCUUUCUUGGAUCUCUCAAUCCACCCCCUCCCAUACCUCCCAACAAAAAAAUGAUUUAAAAAUUUCAUUGGAAUUUAUUGUAAGUUUAUUGAUAUUUUGGGUGAAAGACUAUGAUUCCUGCUAUCAUCGUCCUUUGGCUUGAUGGUUUUUCACCUACAAAUUUCCCUGUGGUUUUGUUAAGGUUUGAUGUAAUGAGAAGGUACAAGAAUAUGCCAGUGGUUGGUCAUUGAGUUUUAGGAUUGGUUAGACUUUGAAUAAAGUAGAAGGGAAAGGAAGUUAAUUCCAUUCAAAGAAUUGGUAGAUUAGCUUUUGGGUUUUGGAACAGAUGGGUUUUGUCCUUGUUGUGUUUGACAUUUUUUCAAGUGUUUAACACAGAAACUGAAGAUUGAUACAAAGAUAGAUUCAAGCUCAUUUUUAAUCAGUGGAGAGCAAUUUAAUCUACGUUGGAUUAAAGGUUUUCUGUUCCCAUUUUUUCUGCUUUGUCAUUUGUCAGUACAAGAGUAUAUAAUAGAACCUCUAAUUCUCAUCAGCUCCUUGAAGUUUCCUAUUUUCAGUGAAAGAUAUAAUAGCUGAAAUGAAAUGUAGUUUUCUUAGGACUUGGGUGUUUAAAUUACUAAUAGUAAUAAUCCUUUCUGUCUUAUUCAGAGAUCAUGCUAUUAACCUACAAAUUGGUCAGUCCUUUGAGUUUUUCCAGGAGUGGUGAUGCAUUUAUUCUGUUCAUCCAUACUCAAUUCCCUCGAUUCCCUCCCUUUUGGCCAUGGACCUAAAUUUUCAAGACCACAGUUUGAGUGUAACGUAUCUAUUGAGUAGAAUGAAAAUGUACUGGCACACAUGGCUUUGGCAUCAGUAAUGUGCUUUAAGCUAACUAUAUGGACUCACAAUAUCCUUGUAGUAAAAAGAAAAAGCUAUAGCAUUUAAAAAUAUUUGACACUCUUGUCUGAUCUAUUAACACUUUGCUUGUGUGCUUGCUAAUUAAAAACACUUGAUUUGCAGCAAGUUUUUCUGACUUCAACUUUGAGAACUUUAGAAGCCAUGGUCUUUUAAAGCAAGUUUUCUCAACAAUUGCAAAAGCCAUUAACUUUUAGUUUGGGUGCAAUUUAGUUCCUCCUUUGAAAUAAGUUUCCCCAUUCCCUGCUUUCUAGGUCACAGUUAACAUUUUAGAAGUCCAGGAAAACCUGUUUCUGAACUUCUGAGGGAACAGUGUCAUGUUUCAGACAUCCUGGCCAAACUUAAGCUCAGGGUUUUGGUUCCUAUUGGAUGCCGAGAUUCUCAUAAUUUUCUCUAUCUUUUGUAAUCAUUUCAGAUCCUACUGUGCUGAUGACAGUUUUUCAUAUGAAAUAAAACAAUAUUUUGUACAAUGCCAA